AUGGACACAAAUGUACAGCUGCCAAUUAUAGAUCUGAAGAGAGCUCAAGACAAGACACAGAGACUAAGAGUAGCUGAAGAGCUUGCCAAAGCACUAGAGACUAUUGGUUUCCUUUACGUUGAUAAUGCUCCAGGGGUAGAUCUCGAGUCUCUCCUGAAAAAUGCCAAAAGAUUAUUUUCUCUGUCAUCGGCAGAAAAACACAUGAUGGCCAAACACAAAUGGAAUUCCAUCAACAAAAACAGAUACCGUGGCUACUUCCCUUUGCAACCAGAGGAUAUAUCGUACAAGGAGGGGUUUGAGAUAGGAAUUGAGAACUGUCCAUUCAACGAUCCUGAUAUACACCCUCUGUUCACCGAGCCAAAUCUCUGGCCCUGCUACAUGGAUGGUUUUGAUGAGUUCCUGCGAGAUAUGAAACAGUACUACAACGCUAUGUUGCAUACUGGAACAGAAAUACUGCGAUUGCUGGCCUUGGGAUCAGGUUUAGACGAAUACUGGUUUGAGUCGAUGUUUCUCCCUGACACACUGUCAACUCUUCGUCUUCUUCACUACCCACUGAGGUCCUCCAGCCCACCAGACACAGCUAGAGAUGGCGACAAGGUGCUCUGCUGUUCUGAACAUUCUGAUUCCGGCUUUGUGACACUCUUGACCACCUUCCACUAUCGAGGGCUUCAGAUUCGCAACCAGCAUGGCGAAUGGGUUGACGUGGAACCAAGACCCAACUCUCUUGUCAUGAACAUAGGGGACAUUUUAUCAAAGACUAGUAACGGUCGUUUCAAGGCUACCAGACACAGGGUGGUUGAAACAAGUAUUGACCGGUACUCAGUACCUUUUUUCUUUGAGCCAAGAUACAGUGCCGAGAUGGGGCGAAUGAUUCCGUUUAAAGAUGUUAUGAAGAACAAUUACACAAAAACAAAUGAAUAUGAUCUUGUAUCAGAAAACGGAGUAAAGUACGGACCCUGGCUGAUUGGGAAGAUGCAGCAGUUUGCUGAAUAUAAGGAUAUCCUAAAGUCGUAAAGCUGUUAUCAGUGCGAAAAUGGAUUGACUAUCAGUCAUUCGGGUGAAUGGAGCCUAUUAUUAUAUUUUCUGAGCCAUCAUUGUUGCUCAUCUGUCCG